AAACAAAAUCUAAUUAUCUAAAGCAGAACCCAAACAAAACAGCUCAACUAUCAUGUGUGCACCCACACCACAUGGAUCAUGAUGAAGCAGCAGCAACUGCAUAACCACCUGCACAAUUCAUCAUUUCCAUUCCCAGAAUUUCUUUUCUUCUUUUCUCGAGAAACAAUCACUCCCUACAAACCCUAACUUCAAAUUAAUUCACCAGAUUACAUUUUCUUUCCGAAAUAAUGGCAGUUUCAGAAGAGGAAUGCUCAAAUGCAAAAUCUCGAUCAUCAUCUGCUUCAUCGAACAGAGCUCACUACUUAGCCAAGUGUGUUCUUAGAGGUAGUGUUAUUUUACAGGUCGUGUACGGUAAUUUUCGCGCUAUUUCCUCAAACGACAUCGUGUUCGGCAAGGAAACAUCCAUAGAGUUAGUAAUUAUCGGGGAAGAUGGAAUUGUACAGUCUAUUUGUGAGCAUCCUGUAUUUGGCACAAUUAAAGAUAUUGCUGUCAUACCUUGGAACGACAAGUUCUAUGCACGAAGCCCACAGAUGCAUGGAAAAGACCUUUUAGCUGUUACUUCUGAUUCGGGGAAGCUUUCUUUUCUCUUUUUUUGCAACGAAAUGCACAGGUUCUUUCCUUUAACACAAGUGCAACUUUCCAAUCCUGGAAACUCAAUAUAUCAACUAGGAAGUCGACUGGCUGUUGCUUCCAGUGGAUGCUUUGUUGCUACCAGUGCAUAUGUGGACCGAUUGGCUUUAUUUUCCCUAUCUGUAUCUGGGGGCAGUGACAUCAUUAAUGAGCAAAUUUUUUAUCCUUCUCAUAAUGAGGAUCAUACAAGUUUCACCCGAAGUAACCAGACGCCUAGUAUAUGUGGUACCAUAUGGAGCAUGUGCUUUAUUUCAAGGGAAUCAAGUCAAUCAAGUAAGGAGCAUAAUCCUGUACUAGCCAUUAUUGUAAAUAGGAGGGAUGAACAGCUAAACAUGCUAUAUAUGUUGGAAUGGAAUACUAGAGAGCAUACUAUAAAUGUUAAUUCUCCACCUUUUGAAGCUGGACCAGCUGCACACAAUAUUAUUGAAGUUCCUCAUUCUAAUGGCUUUGCACUUCUGUUUAGGGUUGGCGAAGUUCUAUUAAUGGAUCUUAGAGACGAUCGCAACCCCUGUUCUGUCUGUCGCACUCCCUUAACCGUCUUGCCUGCCGUAAUGGAUGAACAAAAUUUUUUUGACGAGUCAUGUCGAGUUCAAGAUGCUGACGAUGACAGUUUGUUUAAUGUUGCUGCAUGUGCUUUACUGCAGCUUCAGGAUUAUGAUCCCAUGUGUAUAGAUAGUGAAGAUGGUAAUAUAAAAUCUACCUCCAAGUAUGUGUGCUCUUGGAGUUGGGAUCCCGAAUAUGAUAAAACUCCAAAAAUGAUUUUUUGUGUAGAUAGUGGGGAGUUUUUCAUGUUUGAAAUUUUCUUUGAUUCAGAAGAACCCACUGUAAAUCUUUCUGGUUGUCUGUACAAAGGUCUACCAUGUAAAUCGCUUUUGUGGGUUAAAGGUGGUUUUAUGGCUGCUCUUGUAGAGAUGGGUGAUGGGAUUGUUUUGAAAGUUGAAAAUGAUAGGCUAUUGUAUGCAAGCUCGAUACAAAGCAUUGCACCAAUCUUGGACAUGUCUGUUGUUGAUUACCAUGACGAGAAACGUGACCAAAUGUUUGGCUGUUGUGGAGUGGCCCCUGAAGGGUCAUUAAGGAUUAUUAGGAGUGGCAUUAAUGUUGAAAAUUUAUUGAGGACGGCGCCUAUCUAUCAUGGUGUUAGUGGUGUUUGGACACUUAGAAUGAAAGCAACUGAUUUGUAUCAUUCUUUUGUUGUUUUAUCUUUUGUUGAAGAGACCAGAGUGCUAUCAGUGGGAGUUAGCUUUACUGAUGUGACGGAUUCAGUUGGCUUCCUUCCCAAUGUCUGUACUUUGGCUUGUGGACUUGUAGGUGAUGGUUUGCUUGUCCAAAUUCACCAAACUGCUGUUAGCCUUUGUUUACCCACCAAGGUUGCCCAUGUUGAAGGUAUACCUCUGUCUUCUCCAGGUUGCACAUCUUGGUUUCCUAAGAAUACGAGUGUCAGUUUGGGGGCUGUUGGAAAUAAUUUGAUUGUUGUUUCUACUUCUAAUCCAUGUUUUCUAUAUGUUCUUGGGGUCAGAUCGCUAUCAACUUAUCAUUAUGAGAUAUACGAAUUGCAACAUUUGAAAUUGCUGAACGAAUUAUCCUGCAUUUCGAUACCCCAAAAACAUUUUGAGCCAAGACGACCAAGUUCUAGCAAUAUCGUGGAUGAGAACUGUGCAUUGACAUUUCCAGUUGGAGUUGACAUUGGUAGUACAUUUGUUAUCGGUACACAUAGGCCUUCAGUGGAAGUUGUGUGUUUAAUGCCUGAUAAAGGCCUGAGAGUUAUUGCUCGUGGGACAAUAUCUUUAAUAAAUACUCUAGGAACUGCUAUCAGUGGCUGCAUCCCUCAAGAUGUAAGGCUUGUACUAGUUGACCGGCUGUACAUACUUUCUGGUUUGAGGAAUGGCAUGCUGCUUCGGUUUGAGUGGCCUUCUCCCUCUUCAGUUUCAUCAUUGGAACUAUCCCAUUAUGGAUAUCCAAUUGAUUCAUUAAUGUUUAAUGCUAGUAGUCCUUUAUCAAUUAUGCCUGCAGGGUUUUCUGAAUCACAAACAUGUUCUGUUGACUUAAUUGGCAAUAAAAUGGAUGACCUUCCUGUUAAUCUACAAUUGAUUGCAACCCGUCGUAUUGGCAUUACUCCUGUUUUUCUUGUUCCUCUGUCUGAUUCGCUUGACGCAGACAUGAUUGCCCUCAGUGAUAGACCAUGGUUAUUGCAAACUGCAAGGCACGGGCUCUCUUAUACUUCAAUAUCAUUUCAGCCUUCAACUCAUUCUACUCCUAUAUGUUCAGCGGAAUGUCCGAAAGGACUUCUAUUUGUUGCAGACAACAGUCUACAUUUGGUUGAAAUGGUGCAUAGCAUGAGGCUCAAUGUUCAGAAGUUUCAUCUUGAGGGUACUCCGCGAAAGAUCCUAUACCAUAGUGAUAGUAGGAUGUUACUUGUGAUGAGAACUGAACUAAGUAAUGACACAUGUUCUUCUGACGUAUGCUGUGUUGAUCCCCUCAGUGGUUUGGUAUUAUCAUCUUUUAAACUUGAAAAUAGAGAAACAGGAAAAUCAAUGGGGUUGGUGAGGGUGGGAACUGAACAGGUUCUGGUGGUUGGAACUAGUCUGUCUUCUGGUCCAGCUAUAAUGCCCAGUGGUGAAGCUGAAAGUACCAAGGGCCGCCUUAUAGUGCUUUGCCUUGAACAUUUGCAAAACUCAGAUAGUGGCUCAAUGACAUUCUGCUCGAAGGCAGGGUCAUCCACUCAACGAACUUCACCUUUUCGCGAAGUUGUUGGCAGCACUGCUGAACAGCUAUCAAGCAGUAGUCUUUGCAGUAGUCCAGACGAUAGCUAUGAUGGAGUCAAACUUGAAGAAACUGAAGUGUGGCAGUUACGAUUGGCUUGUGCAACCAAAUGGUCUGGAAUGGCAUUAACAAUAUGUCCCUACCUUGAUCGUUACUUUUUGGCUUCUGCUGGUAGUUCUUUUUAUGUAUGUGGCUUUCCAAAUGAUAAUCCCCAAAGAGUGAGAAAGUUUGCUGUAGCAAGGACGCGCUUUACCAUAGUUUCAUUGACCACAUAUUUCACUAGAAUUGCUGUUGGUGAUUGCCGUGAUGGCAUCCUUUUUUAUACUUAUCAUGAGGAUACUAGAAAACUGGAGCAAGUUUAUUGUGACCCAUCACAGAGAUUAGUUGCUGAUUGUAUCCUUCUAGAUGUUGAUACGGCAGUGGUUUCAGAUCGCAAGGGAAGCAUCGCUGUCUUGUCAUGUCCGGAUGAUUCAGAACGUAAUGCAAGUCCAGAGUGCAAUUUGACAUUGACUUGUGCAUAUUACAUGGGUGAGAUAGCUAUGAGCAUUAGGAAGGGGUCAUUUUCAUAUAAAAUUCCUGCUGAUGAUGUGUUGAUGGGAUAUGAUGUUGUCACCACCAAUGCUUAUUCUUCAAACAACACAGUUAUGGCCAGUACAAUUUUGGGAAGCUUAUUAAUUUUCAUUCCUUUGACAAGGGAAGAGCAUGAACUUCUAGAAGCUGUGCAAGCUAGACUUGUGAUUCAUCCUUUGACAGCUCCUAUUUUAGGAAAUGACCACAGUGAGUUCCGCGGCCGUCAAAAUCCGGUUGGAGCGCCUAAGAUACUUGAUGGUGACAUGCUGUCUCAGUUCUUGGAGCUAACAAGCCUACAACAAGAGGCAAUAUUGUCGGCACCUCUUAGCAAACAAAAUGCUGCUAAAAUGGGUUUAAAAUCACCGCCUUUGCCUAUCCCAGUUAAUCAGGUUGUACAACUCCUCGAGCGAGUUCAUUAUGCUCUCAAUUAGAAACACCUGCAUCAAUGAGAUUCAAAUUCAAAGUUAAGGCACCAGUCUCGCCAACUUUUUUCCGUUAGAUGGACCGAAUGGGAAUUCAAAAUUAAGGCACCACAGUCUCACCAACAUCUUGCCCACAGAUGAACAAUAAAGGAAUUCAAAAUUAAGGCAUCAACACCAGUUGCAAGGGGUAUGUAUUUCAGUUACCCCUUGACACUUUUGCUGUGAAGUACUAAUAUGCACACCUAGCCGCAAGAUGCUAGCUGUUAUCGUUGCGAAGUUGAUAGAUAAAGACACGAGGCUGAGAAGUUACCGAAACAUAAGAGCUUUUAUCAAACAGGUUUGGUGCCUUUGUUUCCUCUGCAUUGUAGCUGAAAGGGCUUUUUUGCUUCACCAAGAUAACAGGUCUACUGUAUUCAUAGCCUAAAUGCUAAUUCGGUAAUAUUUUUUGUCCAUUUAAUAAGUAAUAUUUAGAAAAGCACCCUUCAAUGUACAUUUUUAAGCAUAAAUUGUCACUAGCAGUAUGCUAUAGUUUUAUGGCUUAAUCCACCACGUGUUCCUGCA